AUGACGACAUCGUUGAAAAUUGAGGGACACUCAGAAGAAGCUAAAAAGUUGGUGAUGUUUCUCUUUACAUUAUCGGAAGAUGCCGAAGAGUGGUUUUACUCUUUACCCGCAGGAAGCAUUACAACUUGGCAACAAAUGGAGACAACAUUUUUGAAUGAGUACUUCCCCGCCUCUGUUUAUAUCUGUAAGAGAUAUGACAUAGUUAAUUUCAAACAGAGGGAAGGAGAGUCACUCGGAGACGCUUACAAGAGGUUCAAGCGAUUGUUGGUUGCAUGUCCUACUCAUAACAUGGAUGCAACUGAACAGAUGCAAAAUUUUGUGAAUGACCUUAGAAUGAAAACUAAGGAACUCAUAGACACGGCUGUCGGUGGCUCAACAAAUUUUACAACAGCCACUGGAAUGAAGAAAAUCAUCGAAGCCAUUGCAGCAAAUGAGCAUCUGGAGCUCUAUGACCGCAAUGUAAGUCAACCUGAAGGUAUCAUUGAUCUCAAGCUAGCAAAUCAAGUUGUGAAGAUGGAAGAUCAAAUAACAGCUGAAGUAGAGGGAGGAAUCAAGAAAAUGGCUCUUGACACUCAAACGGUGGCACAAGUUCAACCGGUUCAACCAAUUCGAGCGGUUAGUUAUGAAAUUUGUGGGGGACCUCACUUCGCCAUGCAUUGUGUGGCAACUGCACAACAGGUAGAAGAGAUUAAUUUUCUGAAGCAGAAUAACCCUUACUCAAAUACAUAUAAUCCUGGAUGGAAAAAUCAUCCAAAUUUCUCCUGGAAGGACCAGCAAGGAAAUGUUCAGAAGCAAGCGCCCAAUCAAUAUCAAAGCCAAUCACAACAACAGUAUCGACCACAACAACAACAACCAUACCAACAGCAGUUUCAACAACCCCAACAACAAUUUCAACAACAGGUACCAAGAAAAGAAGAUUGGGAAAUUGGCAUUGAAAAAAUGGCGGCUCAAAGUUCCCAAUUUCAACAGGAGGCUAGAAGUAAUCUAAGAAACACUGGUGCUUCGAUAAAAAAUCUGGAAGUGCAAAUGAGUCAGAUUGCUCAACAACUCGUGGGUUCUCAAACACCGGGUGCAUUACCGAGUGCUAUAGUUAUAAAUCCAAGAGAGCAUAAUAAUGUGAGUGUUGUAACCACAAGGAGUGGUAAAUCGAAAGAAGUCCCUGAGAAAGAUGACGACCAAGAAGACCAAUUGCUUGAAGUUGAGUUGGAAAUAAAAGAAAAUGAGGUUGUGAGUGAAGAAGUGGUGGUGCCUAAACUGGUGGUGAAAGAAAAAGUUAGUGAAUAA